CGCUGCGGGAGCCCUGCUGUCUCUCGCUACUGUUUUUACUUCCGCCCGGCCGAGCGGGGGAGGAUCUGGAGUUGCUGUGCUUCUCGCUUCCUGAGAGAUGCUGGGAGCCGGCCGAGAGCAGCUGAGUGGGGAAGCAACAAGCAUGAAAUCAGAUUCCAAAGACCAAGAUUUGAUACAUGAAGAAUUCACUUACAUUUAUGGAGCCCCUACCCAGAUUCUAAAGUGUGGCCCUUGGGAAGAUCUCUGGAAUGAUAAAAGUGCACCUAGACUUCUAUUUUUGGUUAUCCCUGGUAAUCCUGGAUUGGUUGGCUUUUACCAGACAUUCAGUAAGGCUUUGUAUCGUGGCCUGAAUCAGCAGUAUCCAGUGUGGGUUGUAAGCCAUGGCGGACACUGUAAAACUCCUUAUGGUGUCAAAAGAAAGGAAGAGAUGGUUUCGAAUGAAACAGAUGAUGUUUUUGGGCUUCACGGGCAAGUUGAACACAAGUUGAACUUCCUCCGAAAGAAUGUGCCAAAAGAUGUCAAGCUCAUACUUAUUGGACAUUCAAUUGGCUGUUAUAUUGCUCUUAAAAUUAUGAAGCAUGCACCAGAACUGGAGAUUCUCCGCAUCAUCCUGCUCUUCCCUACCAUAGAACGCAUGGCGCAGUCCCCACAAGGCAAGCUCCUGACUCCCGUGCUCUGCCAGCUCCGUUAUAUUCUGUACAUGCCUGCGUACUUGCUGACCCUUUUACCUGAAAAAGCCAAGAGCUUCCUGGUGCGCUGUGCUUUGCGUGGGCAAAGGUUGAGCGAUGAAGCUUCAGUAAGAACAUCGGUAGACAUGAUGAACAUGGAUUGUAUUGCAAAUAUCAUGUACCUGGGAAGUCAAGAAAUGAGGAAGGUCAUAGAACGAGACAAUUCUACAAUAAAGCAGCAUUUAAAGAAGCUGACUUUUUACUAUGGAGCUGCCGAUGUAUGGUGUCCUCUGCAGUACUAUGAAGAGAUGAAGAUGGAGUUUCCAGAUGGAGACAUUCGACUGUGUGAGAAAGGAAUCCGCCAUGCUUUUGUGCUGGAUGCCAGCAAAGAAAUGGCUGAAAUGAUAAUAGGCUGGGUACAGGAUGAUCUCUCCAAGCUAUAAUGGAGAUAGAGUAGAUAGUGGGAGGAAUUGACUGUAUUGUAGCUGUGUAGUGUUCCUUGCUGGGUUUGCCUUGAAUUUGUCUGUGCAUUAUGGCUUGCUUUUUUCUGGAAGCUCUGGUGUUGACCUGAUGGCCCAAACUACAUUCCUGUUGACAAGGUUCCUAACAAAUACCCGCGGUAAGGCUGUAAACACAUGGAGCUCAUUUUAUCAAGAACUGUAAGGUAUUCACACAAAGGCAGCAACAUCUGUGCUGUAAACCAGGGCCACAUAAACCAGUUGGGCAAGGUACAUUUUCCGUGCCAUGAUGUCCCCUGUGCAAGCACC